GUACCCAGUUUGAAAUUGCUACACCGUUGUAUUCGUAUAUGACUCUACUGCCGCCGGUCGAUAAACAGCGAAACGCGGAACUGAAAAGCAUCGAGUUAAAGGAACGUGGACUACUUGUAUCUCGAUACAGUAAUGCUAUACUUCGAGAACAAUAUUUUUGCUCUUUAUCGAGUUGAUUGCAUUAUUAUUCGAUUCAUCGCGUUCGAGUAUUGUUAAUCACGUAUCGCGUGUUACUCGCUUUUCCAAUAAACUUCCUUGAAUGCAACAUCGAAGACAUCAAAGUGCAAGGAAAUUGGUGCGAAGGACGAAAGUGUGAAAGCCACGCACGUGUACCGUGCGAAUAAUAAGGAUCGAUUAAGAAUUACUUACGAGGUAUGAGCGCAAUGUAUCAUCGAUGAAGAAGCUGAAAAAAAAAUCGGAUAGCGCGACAGGCGGGCAAGCGAACACCCCAGCAGGUGCACCCAACGCAAACGGAGAUGCAUCACCAACCCGGGUGUGCAGGGAUUUCCUACGGAACGUAUGCCAUAGGGGGAAACGUUGCAAGUAUUUGCACGAACGGUCCGAGGACGAUCCCGUAGAGGAGUACACGUUCUGUCAUGAUUUUCAAAAUGGAAUGUGCAAUUGGCCAGGAUGCAAAUUCCUUCAUUGCACAGAGAGCGAGGAGAAAAGAUUCAGGGCAACGGGAGAACUGCCUGCUCAUAUAUUGAGCAGGCUAAAAAAUAAUAACGAGAAGUCAGAAUUUCCUAUGUGUAAAGAUUUCAUCAAAGGCAGUUGUCAGAGAACGAAUUGCAAGUUUAGACAUUGGAAAAACGACGAACAGCAGCAUAAUUUAAUUGCAGCUGCUCAUCUUACUGCGUCGAGGCCGCAGCACAAUUUUAAUGGUACUAGUAAUGGUGAGAAUCGCAGAUACGAAGAGGACAGAAAUUUCCACUGGCAAAUGGAAGACCAACAUAACUUAGUCACAAACAACGGUUUCAAUGCAUCCUCACAUCCACCUGAUUACAUAGGACCUCCUGAACCAAAGAGACGAAUAGUUUCUGGCGAAACUGUAGUUCAUUUUGAAGCUUCACAACUUGUAGGACAACAUGCUGCACAACCAGUCACUCCAGGUUACUAUUAUCCUGUUAUACCGCGCAAUGAAGCUAGAGCAAUUGUUUUGGAAGAUGAAAAUGUGUUAUUAAGGAAGAAAAUAGAGGAAUUGAAAAAGCAGGUUAGUGAUCUAACAGCGACUAACGAGUUUCUUCUGGAUCAAAAUGCCCAGUUAAGAAUGUCUGGGAAACGAACUGCAAAUGUGACAGCUGUUACAGUACCUGCAGUUACCAUUACAAAUACUGUUCCACCAUCGCAAGCUCCAACACCUCAGCAAAUGGUUAAUGCAGCAGUAGCUGCUGGUACUCUACGUACAGUUACUGCAAGUGUUGCGACUGUACCUGUAAGUAUAGCCGCCGUCGCACCUGUCUCUAUUGCAGCGGUUUCAAUGGCGCCAGUGUCUAUACCACCACCGAUAGUUACAAUGGCCCAGCAAACAAUUACGAUGAGCGGUUCAGGCCCACAGGCAACUAAUCAACAACCACCUAAUACACAACAACCUGCCAGUUUACCUCUUUCGAUAUCUGGUGCGACUGCACCAUUAGUUUCUUAUCCUAUUAUGACUCAAGAACUUAGGCCCGUGUUGCAGUAAAUGAGAAAGGAACACCUAACAAAAGCUCAAGCACAUAGAUGAGUCAAGAAUACCAUCUUCUGCGUUCAGUCUUUCAAACUAAUACCAUAUUUAUAUUGUUUCUUUCAAUAUGAAUGGUGAAUACAAAAAAUACAGGAAAUAUAAAUGAAUUAAAGCAAAAUAUAUUCUUUAGUGAAGUACAAUGUUGGAAAUGUUCAAUGAAUAACAUAAUACUAUAGGUCUUUAGGUAGGAAUUUGUAGUAAUCUUCGUACAGGACAAACGUAAUGAUCAUGACUGUUUUUUUGGCAGUAUGGCGUAAAUAAUAUGCCUUUAUUGGAGUCAUUCGAAUGCACUUCUGUUCUUUUUCCAGUAAUUUACCUUGCAAAAAGGUAAACGUUAACUAUAUUAAUAUAUGCAGCACAAUGUUUGUCCAAAUUGUGUAUAAAUUUAGAGUAAUAAGGAUAUUGGUCUAGAACCAUGGAAGAUGGUGACAAAUAAUAUUCUACUAUUCUUUUUUAAAUAUUCUAAAUACGAUGGAGAUAAAAAUAAUUUUGUAGCUAACUUUUUGUAUUGUUGGAAGGAUAACCAGAUACGAGUCAAACUAAACAUUGUAAAUGAACGUAGAUAAGAAUCGACUCUUUUUAGGAUAAUAUAUUAAAAUAAGUACAAAAUAGGGUGAAUUAUGUAAAUGAAUUAUAAUAAAAGUUCAAGUUACAGUAAAAGUUAAGGUUUACCGUUGCUUUGAAAAUAGUGGUGAACCUUGCGACUGUUCUGUACGCGACGCUGUAAAUAGUAUUUUGUUGCUUCCUCGUUUUUUAAACAAAAUUUUUAUACUUCCAUUUUUAAUAGAUAAGUUAAAUAUUCUUAUAAAAUAAUGAAUACUUUAAUAAAUUAAGUACUUAUUGUGGUCUUUUUUGUUUUUACAAUUUACUUAAGUAAAUGGCUUUGGGUUCAGGUGAUGGAAAAUAGAAACUAUGAAUUUAAACCUGGCCCGUGCAUAAAGAAUCAGGUACACAAACUUAUCAUGUGAAUCCUGUAAACAAAAUAAACAUAUAUUCUUUUGAGUCAUGCUAUCAGUCAUGAUUACCAAUAAUGUUUAUUCACUGUAUAUAUUUUGUGCAAUUAGUAUAAGAAAUUGAGCAAUAAGUACUCAUGUAUUUUAUAUAUGCAUACAAAUGUGUAAUCUUUUAUGUAUAACUUUAUGUUAAUAAGCACUUCAUUAAAAGGAUAAAUGCUCUCCUUAUCUUAACUUCAUCAAGAACAGUGUUUAUACUUCACUUUUUUAAAUUAAUAUUUUAGGUAUUUAUUAUAAGUAAAAUUUACUUUUUCCUAGUAUUCCAUCUCAUUUAAAAAAUUAUUAAAAAAUAUGAGAUAUAUUCUCAGUUUUACUUAGUUUAACAUUUUUUCUUAAAAAAAUAAUAUAAUUAAUAUUUAGAUCUGUAAAUAUAUGUGUUGUUUAAAUGAUAUCAAUCAUACUGCUUUUGUAUUUAAGCUGUUUCGAUAUAAGUUUAAUUAUUUGACUUUAUGUGUUUCAUUAAUAAUUAGAAAGUACCAAUCUUCGGCAAAAUACUAUUCGGUAUGCGCGAUUUAAUCACGCGAUAUUGAAAGUGAAGGAAAUUUAUCGUAUCGUUGGAUACCGAUAAAUUGUAACUACUUUUAUGUUGUAAGAAACGUUUAGUGGUAAACGAUUACAGUUACCUUUAGGUAGCAAUAUAUAGUUGAUGAUAAUUACUGUCUUUACUAACAAGAGAGUUAAUGAAAACAUGAAACUGAAUACAUUUUAUCGUGAAUUAGUUUUGUAAUCGUACAAAUUAAAAGAACCAAUACUUGGAAACUGAUUAUUUUUUACAAACUUAUGUUUAUUAAGGCAUUAAUUUUUAACUUCAAAACAUAUUCUGAAUAACACCAUUAUUACACCAUUAUAAACAUUUCAUUUAUGCAUAUAAGUAUUUUUCAUGUUCAAUAUUUUAAACAUCUAUAUAUUUAUUUACUAGAUAUAAACUUUUUCUUUGUACAAAAUUUGUGUAACACAGCUGUGUCUAUUAAUAUUAUCCUAUAAGUUCAAAUAUGUAAAACAGAAAUUAAUUAAAAUGUUACAUCUGA